AUGCCUCCCACGCCUCAACCACAAGACGACUCGCACCAGCAGUUGUUGGAUCAGAUGGACAUCUUUUACACAGUCAAACCAUUUCGCAACCAGACAUGGAAGCCUUCAGGGCGUCGCAACAAGAACACAAAGCAAAUCAUUGGCGAGACCCAACGGCGGGAGGCUUCAGUGAUGGCCACGCAAAAUAAUAGUGGCGCUUCGACACCACUACCAGCGACCGGCGUAACAUCAGAUGGUGCCAUGACGCCGGUGCAAGGCCCAGGCGCUGGCAAGCCUGUGAACAUGGCACAAGCGGCCCAGAGCCUGUCGACACUGGUUCUGGAGAGGAAUCUUCUCAAGGCGACAAAUGGAAACGCACCCAAUCUGGGGCCGGCCGUAACCUACACGAACAUCGAAAGCGCGCCGAGUCUACAUCCAGCACAUCAGAAACAGUACUGCGAUAUAACAGGCAUUCCGUCGAGGUACACAGAUCCGAAGACCAAGCUACGGUACUACGACAAGGAGAUAUUUGGCGUUGUGAGAACGUUGGGACCCGGUGGACCAGACUCAUACCUCGCAGCCAGAGGAGCGAAUGUGCGCUUCAAAGGCGCAAUUGACGCCCGCAUCGCCGAGGAGCAAGCCCGCCAACGACAAGCUGCGGCCUCGGGGUCGCCGCAAAGAGGGCAGACUCGCCGUAGAGGUCCAGGUCAGCAAGAUGGCCGGACUCCGCGCGUCUCGUCGCGCCAAAGAGAGCCAACGACAGGAAAUGCUAUCAAGACUCCUAACCCUUCCGACUUCGAGCCUGCGUUCUCUAUAGGUGGCGACGAUAGCCUGCCGCCCAGUAGAGUCUCGACGCCCUUGCCAGAUAAUGCACCCAGCCAAGCUAAGGGCAACGAAGCGGAUGACAAGGUGGCAGAUGGCCACCCCGUCCAAGAAGAUGCCGCCACGGACGCACGAGACACCAACGGCAACGCUGAACCUGCGCAACCUGUAGAACUGCCAGUCGAUGUGCGAACAAAGCUGCGAAAGCUCGAGCGGAUUGAGUCCAAAUAUGGCGAAUUGUUAAAGGCAUACCGUAUAGUGCAUAGUCGAGCUCAAGCGAUUGAGCCAUUCGAGGCCACGCUGCGCGAAUACACACCACUUACAAGCAUUGGAGAUCCGGCUUCACUGAUAGAGUAUCUUGGUCAGAUCACUACAAAAGGCGAUAUGGUCUUAGAUGAGCUGAAACGCGUGUCUUCGGAAAGAGACGAAUUGAAGCAGAAGAACCAGCAGGCGGACAAGACGAUCGAGCAACUGCGCACAGAGGUCUCGGAUCUCAAACUUGCAACUGCCCGAGAGCCCAAGGCCAGUGAAGAACAAGUCGGAUUGGUCCCUGAGACUACAGGUGGCGAGGAUACUAAGGAUGAUUCGCAGCACACCAUGUCACCUACAACGUCAGUGAAGUCUCCCUCCUCGAUCUCAGCACGGAUACCAAGUCUUUCACUAUUCUCUCCCCGCUCGAAGCCGACAUCGCCGCCUUCAAAGGACACAACUGAAGACCUCUUCUCGUAUGAUUCAGAAGUGCCACGGCUUGAAAAGGAACUGCAUUCCAGCCAGGAGCAAAUCGAAGACUUGAAACAGCAAUUGGGAAAGGUCAAGGGCGAUUUGACAGUUGCCCGCGAGUCGACUGGAGGUAUGGCGGUGAGUUUAGAGUCAGCCACCAGGGAGCUCCAAGAGCUUCGAGAGUCCAAGGACAAGUUCGACUCAGAGAAGGCCCGUCUACAGCGCAGGAUCGACGAGCUCGUUGCCUCUGAGCUGAGUACGUCGCAACAAUCGUCGCGAUCACAGGACGAGAUGAUCGAGAUCCGCGGUCAGAUUUCGUCUCUCACAGCAGAGCUGGAGCAAGUCAAGCAGAACCUGCACACCACUGAGGCGGCGAAGACUCGAAUGGAGUCUGAUCUAGAAGCUGCCCGUGCAGACUUGGCGACCUCCGCCGAGAAACUGGCACAGAAGGAUUCCGAACUCAAGGAGCUCGAGAGCAGUCUCGCCGCAGCAAAGCAGGCAGCUCGAGAUCACGAGCAGCGGCGUAGCGACGAGACUGUCAGCGAAAAGAAGAUUGGCACAAUGCAGGCAGUGAUGGACACACUGCGUUCUCAGCUGAAGUCUGCAGAAGCCACGAUCAAUGAGGUGCGGACAGAGAUGGCGAAGAACGAGGAACAUUUCAACUCGCGGCCAUCGACCAAAGUUUUCGGUUUCUUUGACGAUGACUCCAGCCUAGACCCCAGCGACUUCAAAAGCCGAGACGACGUUGUAGCAUACAUCAGCAAGAAUUUUGGCGCACAGAAAGAGACCUCUGGCUCCCAAGGGGCGUCCGAAGGUUCUGCUGCCAAACCUUCUGCGCCCACGUCAGGCCAGGGAUCGAAGAAAAGCAAUAAGAAGAAAAAGAAGGGCAAGGGCAAGGGUGCUGCAACGGUCACCGACGACAUCGAGGCCGACGAGCCUGUUGCGGGAGCGGACGAUGUUGGAAACGUUGCGCCUUCUCCAUCGCCCGAGGUCAUAGCAAAGCUCGAGAAAGAGAUCGUCGAGCUCAAGGAAGCCAUCGGACAUCGAGAUUUGUCAAUUGAACGACUUUCGAAACAAAUCAAGGAUCAAGAAGCUCUAAAAGAAGAAAUUGAAACUCUUCGUGAUGACCUUCUGCACCAGGGCGAAGAGCACGUCGAAGCUCGAGACCGGCUCAAGGUGGUCGAAAGCGAACGAAAAGCUUUGGUCGAGAAGACAGAGCAACUCGAGGCCGAGCUUCUCGAGCUCCAGAAGGCGAUGUCCACUAGGUCUGCGGCCGACGAAGACCAGAAGAAUGUUGCGAAGGAACUCGUUGAGCUGAAGCUCAAAUCGACAUCUCUGCAAUCCGAUCUGACUGCAGCAGAACAAUUGGCCGCGACCAGGUUCAAAGAUCUGAGUGACCUGCGGGAGCUACUCUCAAAGGCCCAACCUGAACUGAAGAGCUUGCGAGCAGAAAUCGCGGAGCUAAAGAAGGCUAAGGAGGAUCUCAAGAAUCAGGAAGGUGAGCUCAAGCGUAUGGAGGCGCGUCAUGAAGACCUCAAAGCAGAGAUGAAAGGAUUUGGCAAGCGUUUGAGCGACAAAGAUGCCGAGGUCAAGGAAUUGCAGCAGAAGAUCGAACAAGAAACAUCCACACGAACACGGGCCGAGGAGGACUUGCGAACGACAGAGUCUCAGCUGCGAACUUCGGAAGCUCGCAGACAAGAAGCCACUACUGCUUCCAAAGAUUCCAACGAAAGCUUAAGGAAGAGUCGCGAGGAGAUCACGAAGCUGAAAACUCAACUGUCUGAUCUUGAGGCCCGCGUGACAACCCACGAUCGUCAGGUCACAGAGCUCCGAGAAGAAGUGACCCUCAAGGCCGCCCUUCAUUCCUCCGCUCAAUCACUCGUGCAGUCUCUGCGAGAUCAGACGCAUGAGCUCAACACUCAAGCACGCGAAGCCUCGACACGCGCCGAAAAUCUCGAGGAAGAGCUCGCAGAAGCCCAACGUAUGCUCACUGAACGGACUCGAGAAGGGCAGACCAUGCGCAUGCUGCUGAACCAGUCCGAAACUGGCACUGAAUCUCGUGUCCGCGAAAUGAAAGAGCGCAUGGACGCAGCUAUCGAAGAACGCGAUCGUGUUGAAGACGAGGCAAGCGUCAGCAGCCGACGAAUGAUCCGCGAGCUGGAUGAAGCCAAAUCGAAAGCGCGAGAAGCCCAGCGAGCGCUCAAGAUUCUUGAAGACGAAAAGGACGAGCUCAACAUCAAGCAGCGAGACUCCAAGCGCAGGUUGAACGAUUUAGAGCAAGCUUCAGAGCGUGCCUCGAAAGAAGUGGAAGAUGUUCGCGCCGCUAUGGCCGGGUUGCGAGAAGCACUCAACGAAAGCGAGCGGCAGGUACAAGACCUCGAGACUCAGAGGAUUGAGCUGCGCAAAGCAAGUGCUGAAGCUAAGGAAAAUAUCGACAAGCUUACGAAAUCCAACAAGACUCUUUCAGAUGAGGUCAAAGCGCUUCAAGCAGGUGCGAAGAAGCAGCAAGCAGUCAGACCAGGCCUAGAAUCCGGUCUUCAGAGCUCAAGAGCUUCGACGGAUUCAACAUCGGCGAGAUCGCCUGCGCCGAGUGCUCGUGAGAAACAAGGUAGCGCUCCGCAGGGGUUGAGUCAAGGCACCGUCGACUAUGUCUAUCUGAAGAAUGUGCUCUUGCAAUUCUUGGAACAGAAGGAUAAGGCGCAUCAGCGGCAGCUCAUUCCUGUGUUGGGCAUGCUGCUGCACUUUGAUCGCAAAGACGAGCAAAGAUGGAUGUCUGCCAUAACGGCAAAGUAG